AUCCAUUUAAUAUAACAGAUUAGUUUUUUAUACUUCACGUUUAUAGUUCUUAUAAGAAUUAAACAUUAUUGUAAAAUUAAAUUUCAAAAUGAAAAUGUAUACAUUUAUUGUUUUAUUUUUACACUAUAAAUGCACAUUAUCAAGAUCUACUGAUAUCGAGACUUCCAGUGUUACUCCAAUUACGAAUACUACAGAAAAGUACCUUCUAGAAUCUUUCGGAGAACAUGCAAAUAAUAACGGGAAGAUUACGGUUUCUAAAGCAAAAGAAAUCAAUAAAAAUAAAUGUCAAGAUGAUUCAGAAAUACUUAAUAUUAUAAAUCAUUAUGAUCGAGAUAAUAAGAUGGUUGACUUCAAAUCUUUAGUAAUUAAAAAAUGUAAAACCCUUCGAAAUAUUGAGAUAAUUUUAAAUAGAUUCAAUAAGUGUUAUAAAAAAAUGAAUCGCAUAACAACAAAUAUAGCAGUAGGACUAAUAAAUAAAUACGGAAGAAAUAAACUUUUAUAUAAACAAGUUAAAGACUUGAUGGUAUUGUUUAUAGAAAAUUAUGAAUAUAAUAGUGAUAUAGACUAUAUUAAUAAUUUUCUGGGAGCUUUGAUACAGAGUACACGCAGACGUUAUGAAUCUCUAGAUAAAAUAGAAUGCGAAUUAAAAAUUGAUAAUGAUGGUUUUAUUAGUAAAGAUGAUGCAAUCAAGUUGAUGAAAGCUCACACUGAGAGUUACGUACUACUAAACGGCCUGAAGCGUUUAUUACUUACGUACGAGUAUAAGGAUGAGGAAAAUGAGGUAGAUACAAUUAAGGACAAGAAUGAGGAAAAUGAGGCAGAUACAAAUAAGGACAAGGAUGGAGAAAAUGAGGCAGAUACAAAUAAGGACAAGGAUGAGGAUACAAAUAUGGAUGAUGAAAGCUAAUACUAUCAAACAAAUAUUAUGAUUUCAAAUUAUUUGAAUUCAAUGAAUUUAAUAGCUAUCAAUUCAUUUUUGUAAAAUAUUUCACUUAAAUAAAUAUCACUUGUAUAUUCGAUUA